CAGGGUUCUACAUGCAUAGAUGACGCCCAACCUGACCCAACUAAUACGUGGCGGCACCACCUCCAGUUCCUGGUCCUCCACAAACUUCGCCAAUGUUUGGGAUGCCACCUCCAUUGCCAAAUCAAUCUAUGACAACUACCAUAUCACCUGCGUUGGUCAAACAGGAGCCCCUGUGGCAGGUCCAUCAAAAAUUGAUCCCAAUCAAAUUCCGAGGCCCACUCCAAGUUCCUCAGUGAUAUUGCAUGAAACUCAUCAAGGCAACCAGGCAACCAUUCCUCCGCCUGCUACAAGUGAUUACAUUGUAAGAGAUACAGGGAAUUGCAGUCCCCGUUACAUGAGGUGCACAAUCAAUCAGAUUCCUUUCACUGCUGACCUUUUGGCAACAUCAGGAAUGCAAUUGGCGUUGUUAGUCCAACCUUUGGCCCUUCCUCACUCCUCUGAGGAACCCAUCCAAGUUGUGGACUUUGGGGAGAGUGGUCCUGUCCGCUGCUCGCGUUGCAAGGCCUACGUAAAUCCUUUCAUGAAAUUUGUUGAUCAAGGAAGGCGUUUCAUCUGCAACUUGUGCGGAUUUACUGAUGAAACUCCACGUGACUACCAUUGCAAUCUAGGUCCAGAUGGUCGGCGCAGGGAUGCUGAUGAAAGGCCUGAAUUGUGUAGAGGAACAGUUGAAUUUGUUGCUACGAAGGAGUUCAUGGUUCGUGAGCCAAUGCCAGCUGUGUAUUUUUUCCUCAUUGAUGUAUCCAUGAAUGCUGUGCAAACUGGUGCAACAGCUGCUGCUUGCAGUGCAAUCGGUCAAGUCAUCACUGAUCUUCCUGAAGGUCCGCGAACAAUGGUGGGAGUUGCAACAUUUGACUCUACAAUCCACUUUUACAACCUGAAACGUGCUUUGCAGCAGCCAUUGAUGCUCAUUGUUCCUGAUGUACAAGAUGUUUAUACCCCUUUGGAAACUGAUGUUAUUGUUCCACUAGCUGAGUGCCGCCAACACUUAGAAUUACUUCUGGAAAGCAUUCCUACCAUGUUUCAUAAUAAUAUGACCUCUGAAUCAGCCUUUGGUGCUGCAAUCAAGGCAGCUUUCUUGGCAAUGAAGGGAACUGGAGGAAAGUUGUUGGUAUUUCAGUCAGUCUUGCCAUCACUAGGCAUUGGUGCCCUCUCCUCUAGGGAGGCUGAGGGUAGAACAAAUACCUCUGCAGGGGAAAAGGAGGCUCAUAAAUUGCUUCAACCAGCCGACAAAGCAUUCAAGGAACUGGCAAUUGAAUUUGCUGAAUAUCAGGUCUGUGUUGAUGUAUUUCUCACUACCCAGACUUACGUAGACAUUGCUUCCAUAUCUGUCAUUCCAAGAACUACUGGCGGACAGGUCUAUUACUAUUAUCCAUUCUCAGCUUUUUCUGAUCCUGCCAAGCUUUACAAUGAUCUUAGAUGGAAUAUCACUAGGCCACAAGGUUUUGAGGCUGUAAUGCGUGUAAGAUGUAGCCAGGGUAUCCAAGUACAGGAAUACUAUGGCAAUUUUUGUAAACGCAUUCCAACUGAUGUUGACCUAGCUGGGAUUGACUGUGACAAGACUUUUAUGGUGACCCUGAAACAUGAUGAUAAGUUGCAGGAUGGAUCAGAAUGUGCUUUUCAGUGCGCUCUUCUUUACACAACUUUGUAUGGCCAAAGAAGAAUACGUGUUGUAACCUUAUCUCUGCCUGUAACUAGCAUGCUGAGCAAUCUAUUCCGCGCAGCAGAUUUAGACACUCAAUUUUGUUGUUUCUUGAAGCAAGCUGCAAGUGAAAUUGCUUCAAAGCCACUCCUGCUAGUCCGAGAACAAGUGACAAAUCUAUGCAUCAAUGCACUAUUUUCAUAUCGUAAAUUUUGUGCCACUGUCUCAUCAUCUGGGCAACUUAUUCUUCCAGAGGCACUAAAGCUUCUACCCCUGUACACACUUGCAUUAAGUAAGAGUGUUGGGUUGCGAAAUGAGGGGAAAAUUGAUGAACGAUCAUUCUGGAUAAAUUAUGUAUCCUCUCUCUCUGCUCCAUUGGCAAUACCGCUUGUGUACCCCAGGAUGGUGGCAAUCCAUGAUCUUGACUCUAAGGAGGAUCAUGAAUCUGUUAUUCCUUCCUUCCUUCCUCUUUCUAGUGAGCAUAUCAGCAACGAGGGAAUAUAUCUUCUUGAAAAUGGUCAUGAUUGUUUGAUAUAUAUUGGAGACUCUGUGAGCUCGGAUAUUCUGCAGAGACUGUUUGGUGUUGCCACAGUUGAUGAAAUUCCUACUCUGUUUGUGUUACAGCAGUUUGAUGAUCCAUUAUCAAAGAAAUUAAAUGAAGUGGUAAAUGAGAUACGGCGGCAGAGAUGUUCUUACCUCCGGUUAAAGUUAUGCAAAAAAGGAGACCCAUCAGGAAUGUCUUUCUUCUCAUAUAUGGUAGAAGACAAGAGCACAGGGGGCUUCUCCUAUGUAGAGUUUCUUAUCCAUGUGCACAGGCAAAUCCAGCAUAAAAUGACGGCAUAACGAGUACAUGCCUACUCUAGUUGAGCAAGCUUCACCUUAACAUUGAAAACUCCCAAGAAUAAGUGAGAUUCUGGUUAAAUUUGCUCAUUCGAAUCAUUGCCUUGCACUUUUGUCAGAGGAAAACUAUUUUUGUUUGAUUAAUUUACUAGGCGAUUUGAUUUUGUAAUAGUUUACAGGUUCUAUGUUCAUAUUAUAUUUGUAGUUUGGUUCUUGUUCAUUUUAACUUACAUUCGUUAUUUAGAGUAUGCGACAAAUAAAAACAUUUUAUUUCGGGUGCU